AUGAACGAACCUACAAGUGGAGAAGCGAAUCUGCAGGGUGAGGAAAAGGACGCGGAACCAAAUAAGAACCCAAGCGACAAUAACACAUCUGGCGCGAUGGAGGACAACCAUGAGGAGGUCGCGCAGAAGGAAGAAGCGGACGAGCUAGGUGAAGACGCACUGAACGAAAUGUUUGACGAUUUUCUGAAAGACAUUGAAAAUAUUUCGUCCAAUAUGGAAAACCAACCAGAAGGAAAAAAACUAAAUAAGGGGGACGCAGAAAGUGAAAUAACUAGAUUGUUGGCAAAUAAAAAUAGUUCCCCAUUUGAAAUAUUUGGUAUACAUGAAGAUAUGGACAUGGAAAAGAUUAAGAGCAAGUAUAGACGGCUGUCUGUGCUUAUCCAUCCAGAUAAAUGUAAAAUUGAAAAAGCUAGUGAGGCCUUCCACAUUUUAAAUAAGGCUUAUGAAGAACUGAAAAGAGACGACAUUAAGGAACAGUAUAAGAGUGUUUACGAGACGGCCAAAAAGAAUAUUAUAAAAAAAUUAAAUUUAAAAAAAAUAAAAAAUGAAUUGAAUGAAUAUUUAAACAAAAAUGAAGAGGAGUAUGAAAUUACUAAAGAAGUACAACUACUGAUUAACGAAGAAUGUGAAAAUCUUCUAAAAGUGCAAAAGGAAAAAAUGGAAUAUGCACAGAAAUGUAAGCUAGCCAAUUUGCAAUAUGCUAAAGAAAAGGAAGAAGAAAAAAUGAAGGAGGAACUAAAAAAAGAAGAAGAAAGAAAAAAAUGGAUUGAAGGCAGAGAUGAAAGAGUAAAUAACUGGAAGAAUUACAGAAAGGAUAAUUUAAAAACGGAGAAAGAAUUCCAUAUAUAUAAAAAUGUGGGGAAAAAGAAGGAAGAGCGAACGGAAGAGGAAAAGGAAAAACUCAAGAGGAUUUCCACCACGAAUGUGGUAGAUAAGGAUGGGAACAAGAAGAGGAGAAAGACCUGA